AGAUCUGAAUUAGUUGAAUGUUGAGCAGGCACAUAUAUUUCACUAGUGCUUAAACAAGUUUGGUGACUGCUGUAUUGUAGACAGGAGUUGAGAUUAUGUUGUGAAAUGAUCAUGACUGUUGAAGUCGGUGGAUUACAUUGGAAUUUGCAUAGCAGCCAAACAAAAUUACAUUGGAAUUUGCAUAGCAGUCAAACAAAAUUGUGAAGCAAUAUAUUAGAUCCUUCAAUGCACGCGGUUGAAUGAAAGAUCAAUGGGAAAUUGUGAACCCAACUUUGGCCUGGUCAUUGGCUUUUUAAUACGAAAGUUCACUUGGCACCGUUUGAUAUUAUUAUAUUUAACUGAAUAUCAAAAGUCCUUUUUUUUUUUUUUUGAAAUUUUAAUCCGUAGUUUUUAAGUUGUUCGGUCAAAUGUAUUCGUUAUUAAAUGGAGGGCUUCCAAGAAGAUCCUUUUUAAUAUGACUCUUCAUUCCUUGGUUGCCCCCAUUUUAUUCCUUUCGUUUUUCUCUAUUUAUUUUCCCAAGUCAAACGUGCCGGGCAGUUGAUGUUUCAUAGCGCUGGUCAAUUGGAGGUAAAAUCCAUAUGUUAGCCAACCUGCCUUUCUUCAUUCCUAUAUCCUGACCGCCCGUCGGUUUUUCAACUACUCAUUGCAAGUCUUCGAUAGUAUAUAAGCCAUGCAAGAGUCAUGCUGAGAGACGCUUCUUGGAAUUUUGAUGAAAUUGAACUUCAUCGAGAGAGAAUAGAAGAGGAGAGACAGAGAUGGCAAUUGGGACGUUGGAGGUGCUGCUGGUGAAUGCAAAAGGCUUUGGAGACUCUGAUCUCUUCGGUCGUAUGGAUCCUUAUGUUCUGAUACAAUACAAAAGUCAAGAACGCAAGAGCAGCGUGGCCCGAGGUCAAGGUGCGUCUCCAGUGUGGAAUGAGAAAUUGACAUUCAGGGUAGAGUAUCCAGGGGUAGGGGACCAGUACAAACUCAUUCUCAAAAUCAUGGAUGAUGACACAUUCUCUACUGAUGACUUCAUUGGGCAAGCCACCAUCUACGUGGAGGAUUUAUUAGCAGUAGGAGUGGAGAAUGGAACUGCUGAAUUACAUCCUCGCAAGUAUAGCGUGGUUCGAGUCGACCAAACUUAUUGUGGAGAGAUUGAAGUUGGCGUCACUUUCACCAAAAAGGUAGAAGAGAAAUCUAAUGAAGAGGAGUUUGGGGGAUGGAAGCAGAGCCACCACUACUAGUUCCCUUGCUGCCUUGGUCCACAUGGAAUUUUCAAGAUUUCUUCGCGUGGAUUUCAUACAACUGAAGUAGCAAUGAAAGUCUUUCUAAUCUAUUAAUAUGUAUUAACUUCAUGCUCCAUUCGAUCAUUGAGUGGAUUUUUUUGUAAAAAAAUAAAUAAAUAAAUAAAAAAUUGAGGGUUACACCUUCAUCUCCUUGUAUUGACAAGGUAUUGCCAUUACCAAUAAAUCAUUGAAUUUCUUCAUUUUAAAUAAUAAAAGUUAAUCUAAAGUUUGAUGGAUAAUGUUCUUUCAGCAUAACAAGACGAAGGUAUAACAUAUGGUAUGAUUUGAGAGAGGUUAUCGUCGUUGUUUUUAGCAGUUGUUAUUCCACAAAGUUCAAAUAAAUCAAAGGGCGUCGACUACGACCAUUCUCACCACACCUCGGACUAAUGGUGACAACUUUGCAGUCCUGUAAUUUGAAGAGCUUCUCCUUUAUUGUAACAAAAACAGCGUACAAGUCAAUGUUAAUCUGUGCUGUACUUCUUGUUUUCAAUCUUAUACAACAUCAAUAUGGCUUUGUAGCUUAUAUUGCAA